GGAUGGCUCAGCUCUCCCUCACGCUGCUCGUGCUGGCUCCCAGCCCCGGGUGAGGGUGGCAGGCUGUGCUGCUGACACAUCUGACCUUCCUCUUACCCCAGGGAAGCACGUGAGCCUGUAUCAACCUGCCAAGCAGCUGAGGGAUGAGACACCCGGACGAGCCUUAAACACCUUUUUCCGUCUCUCUCUUGCCGGGUGUGGUGUUUGCUAGCCCAGGGCUCCUCUUCUGAAUUUUGUAUUGCCUGCCACAAAAAUUCCUCUGCUCCUGCUGGUCCUCCUCAGCUUGGCAACAGACUCCAAGACUGAGUUGUUCCUGGUGCUCUUGAUCCCGCUGUGUCCUGCGUGGUUUCCCCCGCAGUGAGAGAAAUCAUCCUCCGGCAGCCAACAGUGGAGCACCAGCCAUGUACACAGCAUUCUCUGUCCCUGCCAGGACUCCAGCCUGCCAGUGGGAGUGUUCAUUUGGGAGGUGGAGAACGGAAGGGAUGAGGACGUGGAAGUGUCCAUCAUGUUCAGCCUGCAGAACGGCAUGGGAACGAAGGAGGACAGGAGCGGAGGGCACUGGAACGAGCCCUUCACCUUGGAGAAGGAUGGCGAGCGAGUUGCUGGAGUCCUGCUGCACCACUGCACGAGUGUGAACCCCUUCACUCUCGCCAUCUCUGCCCGGGAGAAGGCUGGCACGGGAGUCAGCCACCUGACGGCAUUCAAUCCCAUGGGAUUGGGUAGAGAGGUGUGGCAGGACCUCCUGCAGGAUGGCAGGCUGGAUUCACCCACCGGUAAAAGCAGCCUGAUGGAGAAGGGGGAGGUGACGGCAGCGGCGGUGUGUGCCAGCUGCAGAGUGCCUGCCCAGGGACACAGGACACUGGAAUUGGCCCUGGCUUGGGAUAUGCCGUGUGUUCACUUUGGCUCCAAGGAGAAGCUGCACUUCAGGCGG